AGUCAGGCUAUAUGAUGCUGCUGCUGUUGCUGCCAUUUCAUCAGCAAAAUUCCAAACAUUUCUUCAUUUUCAAAACAUGGAGUGAAAAUAACACAUCACAAUAUCACAAUUAGCACUUUAGUCGUUUCGCCACGAUUCGGAGUCAGCAAAUGUGACCUUUAGGCAACGUGUUUUCAGUCUUAUUUCGACCAGAACAAAAGACGGAGUGGCUGUGCCCCCUUUUUUCAUCGGAUAGGCUCGAGAAUCAAAGAUAACAGGAGCUAGACAGGUCGAUGCGAAAGGGAGAAUUGUUUUUCAUACGUUUAUGCGUUUCCUAGAGGGGCUGUUUUUCAUUGCACUUUCAAGAAAAUCGAGGAUACCUUCGGCGUCAUGGAACUCGCCGUUUCCCAGCUUUGAAAGGCUCGAUCAAACACCCAGACCCGCAGAGACAUGGAGGCGAUAUGGCUGUACCAGUUCCGACUGAUUGUCAUCGGUGACUCCACCGUGGGGAAGUCGUGCUUGAUCCGACGCUUCACCGAGGGGCGUUUCGCACAGGUGUCAGAUCCUACCGUGGGGGUGGACUUCUUCUCUCGACUAGUCGAAAUUGAACCUGGCAAACGCAUCAAACUACAGAUUUGGGACACUGCAGGCCAGGAGCGCUUCAGGUCCAUUACUCGAGCUUACUACCGCAACUCGGUGGGCGGCCUCCUGCUGUUCGACAUCACCAACCGCCGCUCGUUCCAGAACGUCCACGAGUGGCUGGAGGAGGCGCGUAGCCACGUGCAGCCGCACAGCAUCGUCUUCCUGCUGGUGGGCCACAAGUGCGACCUGGAGGCCCAGCGGCAGGUGAGCCGGCAGGAGGCCGAGAAGCUGGCGGCGGCCUACGGCAUGCGCUACGUGGAGACGUCGGCGCGCGACGCCAUCAACGUGGAGAGGGCCUUCACCGAGCUGACGCGCGACAUCUUCGAGCUGGUCAAGCGCGGCGACAUCACCAUCCAGGAGGGCUGGGAGGGCGUGAAGAGCGGCUUCGUGCCCAACGUCGUGCACUCCUCGGAGGAAGUCACCAAAAGUGACCGCCGGUGCCUGUGCUGAGU